GAGUGUGGUUCUGUCUCACCUGCUCUCUCCAACCCAGAGAAACCAUCAGAGAUCAUGGGGGCCACAGAGGGAGAGGACGACUUCCAGUUCCUGCGCACAUCGGAUGAGCUGGUGUUGCGAUGCUGCUCGGCCGUUCCUCUCCAGCAGAAGCUGUGCUUGGCUGCUGAUGGCUUCGGGUGCCGCCUCUGCUUCCUGGAGUCCACCUCUAACUCGAAGAAUGUUCCGGCAGACCUGUCUCUGUGUGUGUUUGUGCUGGAUCGGUGUGUGUCCGUCCGGGCUCUGCAGGAAAUGCUCGCCAACCAUGAGGAUCUACAGGCGGGGUCUUCAGAGGCUGCUGGCUGCCGCACUCUCCUCUAUGGCCAAGCACUGCUGCUAAGACACUCCUACAGCGACAUGUAUUUGAGCUGUCUGACCUCCUCUGGACUCUCUGCUGAUAAGCUGGCAUUUGAUGUUGGUCUCCAGGAAGACAUAGCCGGUGAGGCUUGUUGGUGGACGGUCCACCCUGCAUCCAAGCAGAGGUCAGAGGGAGAGAAGGUCAGAGUGGGUGAUGACCUCAUUUUGGUCAGUGUCUCCUCUGAAAGAUUCCUACACAUCUCAUGGAGUGCUGGUCUUUGUGAUGCUGAUGUUAGUGUUAGUGUGGAUGCAGCGUUCCAGCAGACCCUGUGGAGUGUGGCCCCCAUCUCCUCUGCCACUGUGGAGGCUCAGGGCCACCUAAGAGGAGGGGAUACCUUGCGAUUGCUGCACGGUCACACAGAUGAAUGCCUAACCAUUCCUCCUGCUGGACAUGGAGAAGAGGAUCGCAGAUCUGUUCAUUUUGAAGGUGGCACCGCAUCGUCUCAAGCUCGUUCUCUCUGGAGGAUUGAGAUGUUGUGUGUCUCCUGGAGUGGGAGUCACACUCGCUGGGGUCAGCCCUUCCGUUUGCAUCAUGUUACCACAGGGAAAUAUUUAGGCCGAUCGCAGGAUGGAGGACUACAGCUAGUGGAGAGAGAGCAGGCCGACAUCAAGUCCACUGCCUUCUGUCUCCGCACAACAAAGGAUGCUGGCCAAGAAUGUAUGGACUUCAAUAUGAAGAGAGAGGGGAUGGGGGCACCCGAGAUCAAAUAUGGAGACUCUCUCUGUUUUGUCCAGCAUGUGGACACCUGCCUAUGGCUCACCUACCACACCAGCGACUCAAAGAGGAGGAAAGAGAAGGGGCUGCAUAAGCAGGCCAUUCUCCAUUCAGAGGGUCACAUGGAUGAUGGGCUCACGCUCUCUCGCUCUCAGAGGGAGGAGUCUCAAGCUGCUGGUCUCAUACGUAGCUCUACACUUCUGUUUUCAGACUUUAUCAGGGGACUGGACAAGAGAGCCAACAUUUCAGCCUCAGAACUCCAAAUAGAGAUGUUCCGUCAGAGCUUGCAAGAUCUGAUUGGUUACUUCCGCCCACCCAAGAUUGGACAGUGUCAUGAGGCGAAGCAGAACAGCAUCAGAACACUGACGAACAGGCAACAUCUGUUUCAAGAAGAGGGUAUCAUUACCUUGGUACUUGACUGCAUUGACCAUCUCCAUCUGUACAACAGUGCGGCCCAUUUUGCAAAGGUUUCUGGGAAAGAGGCAGGAGAUUCAUGGGAGGCCACCCUGAGCUCCCUCUAUGAGCUUCUGGCUGCCCUCAUCCGGGGCAAUCGGAACAAUUGCUCCAAGUUCUCCACGUCUCUGGAUUGGCUGGUCAGCAGGUUGGAGAGGCUGGAAGCCUCUACUGGCAUCCUAGAAGUGCUGCACUGUGUGCUAACGGAGAGUCCAGAAGCGUUGAACUUCAUUAAAGAGGGUCAUAUUAGAUCUAUAAUCUCACUGUUAGAUAAACAUGGACGCAAUCCAAAGAUCCUGGACGUGCUGUGUUCACUGUGUGUUUGCCACGGAAUGGCGGUCCGCUCUAAUCAACAUUUGAUCUGUGACACUUUGCUGUCAGAGAGAGAUUUACUGCUGCAGACGCGACUGGUCAACCAGGUCACCAGCGUUCGCCCAAACAUCUACCUUUGCAUGGGUGAUGAUUGCGCUCAGUACAGGAAGUGGUACUAUGAGGUGGUGGUGGAGAAGGCAGUGCCUUUUGUGGCGGCUGAGCCGACUCACCUGAGAGUGGGUUGGGCCGCAGGGUACCAUCCUUCCCCGGCAGGCGGUCAUGGCUGGGGGUCCAACGGCGUAGGGGAUGACCUCUGCUCCUAUGGAUUUGACGGACUGCACCUAUGGACGGGAGGCAUUGGUCAAAGGGUCAGCUCACCAAAUCAGCACCUUCUGAGAGAGGAUGAUGUCAUCAGUUGUUGUCUUGACAUCACCGCUCCCUGUAUCUCCUUUCGGGUCAACGGGCAACCGGUGCAGGGCAUGCUGGAAAACUUCAGUGCUGACGGACUGUUGUUUCCUGUGGUCAGCUUCUCAGCCGGAGUCAGGGUGCGUCUGCUGUUCGGAGGCAGGCAGGGAGAGUUUAAGUUCCUCCCCCCUGCUGGAUUCUCCCCAUGCGCUGAAGCCUUGCUCCCCAGCAUGCGCUGUAGGUUGGAGCUGUGUGAGGAGUUCACUCGGUUUCAAGGCAAUGGCCAGUGUGACCUCUUAGGCCUUGCUGCACCCUUUGGCCCAGUGACAUUUACCCCAUCACCGGUGGACACGAGUCAAGUUGUGUUACCUCCUCAGCUGGAGCUGAUCAGAGAGAGGCUGGCUGAAAACCUUCAUGAGCUCUGGCUCUUGGAUAAGAUUGAGCAGGAGUGGACGCACGGACCCGUGAGAGAUGACAGUAAAAGAGUUCAUCCUGGACUGGUUGAGUUUUCCAAGCUUCCAGACCAGGAAAGGCACAGCAAACUCCAGGCAGCUGAAAAGACCAUCAGGACCCUCUUGGCUCUUGGUGCGCAUAUUGGACUGUCCGAUGACCACGCUGAGGAGAAUGUGAAAUACGUCCGGCUCUCAAACAAGUAUGAACUGUGCAAUGGCUACAGACCUGCUCCAGUGGAUCAGUCAGGUAUAUCUCUUACUGCUGCUCAGGAAGCUCUGGUGGAGGCGCUGGCUGAGAACGAGCACAACAUCUGGGCCAGAGAGCGCAUCAGACAGGGCUGGAGCUACGCAGCGCAGCAGGAUGUUAAGAGUAAGAGGAGUCCCCAGCUUGUGCCGUUUUCUCUGCUAGAGGAGAAAAGUAGGCACUGCAGUAGAGAGGAUGCGAGAGAUGCCUUGGGGACUCUACUUGGGCUUGGCUACACUGUAGAGCCGCCAGAACACCAGCAGCCACUUUUAGGUCCUGAAGUGAAAGCUGCAAGUGAGGAGACAUUUCGAAUCUUCCGUGUGGAACGCCCCUUUGCGAUGCAUGAUGGAAAAUGGUAUUUUGAAUUUGAAGUGGUCACUGAUGGAGAGAUGAGAGUGGGAUGGACACGGCCUGGAAGUAAACCGGACGUGGAGCUGGGGUCAGACAACCAGGCCUUCGUGUUUGAUGGCUCUAAGGCUCAGUGGUGGCAUGGCAGUCCCAUGCCAUUAGGCCGUCUCUGGAAGAAGGGGGAUGUGAUUGGAUGUUUGCUGGAUUUAUCUCGGAAGACCAUGAUGGUCACUCUAAAUGGAGAGCUACAGCUGAACAGCUGUGGCUCUGAGAUUGCUGCCAAAGACUUCAGUGUAUCUGAUGGUUUCCUACCUGUGUGUAGUUUGGGUGUGAACCAGGUGGGGCGGCUGAAUUUAGGCCGUCGGGUAAACACUCUGAAAUACUUCCGUGUGUGUGGGCUCCAGGAAGGGUACCAACCUUUUGGCUGUAAUAUGAGAAGAGACCUGCCUCUGUGGAUGACCUGGAAAGAGCCUCUAUUUGUGCCUGUACUGGAGGAUCAUCCUUACCUACAGGUAACUCGCAUUGAUGGAACAAUAGAUCGCCCACCAGGUCUGAAGGUCACCCACAGGUCACCAGACAGUGCCAAGACUGAUGUUGAGUUCUGUCGUCUGAGCAUGCCUGUAGAGUGCGCGCAGGUGUUCUCGACACCUGUGGAGGCUUCUCUUCCUCCGAGCAGCGGUGCGAUCUGCCACCUCAGAGAACCAGAAGAAGGAGACGUGGACUCAGACUUUGAAGUGUUAAUGAAGUCGGUCCACAGGUACACUGGAAGCAGAGAUGAACUGAACAACCACAAGGAUCAGACCCAAGAGAAGCCUUCCAAACGCAAACAGCGCUUUCUUUUGAAGAAGAAGCCAGAGUUGAACACAAGUAGUUCUUCAGCCCGGCUACUGGAGGAGGUGCUGGCGAUUGAGAAGGAUGACUGUAACCACCUUGCUGACUGCACGAAGUACUACUAUUCUUUGAAAAUUCUACAUGGCCAAGAUCCUUGCUGCAUCUGGGUGGGAUGGGUAACCUCAGCUUUUCGCCCUCCUGAGCAGAGCUUUGACCUUGAGAGAGUGUGCACCGUGAUGGUAACACUUGGAGAUGAGUGGGGCAAAGUUCUCCAGAGUGUCAAAUGCAGCUGCUGUUACAUGGUGUGUGCAGCAGAGGGCAGUAGUCUCUCUCACAGCCGCAGUAGUAGUGGGCUUGAGAUUGGCUGUCUGGUUGACACAGCAACUGGCCUUCUCACCUUCACUGCUAAUGGAAAGGAGAUGGGAACCUACUUCAGGGUGGAACCAUGCACCAAGCUGUUCCCAGCUGUUUUCGCCAAAGCCACCACUCCUGAUGUCUUCCAGUUUGAACUUGGACGGAUCAAAGGUGUGUUGCCGCUGUCUGCUGCUGCGUUUCGGAGUGAGAAGAAUAGUGCAGGGCCUCAGUGUCCCCCAAGGAUGACCGUGCAGUGCCUGAUGCGCGCAAGGUGGACCCGGUUACCUGACCACAGCCCACAGGUGGAGCUGGUUCGACUAGAGGAAAGGCACGGCUGGAGAGCACAGUGCAAGGAAAGCCUUCAGGUCAUGACCCUGCACAUCCCUGAGGAGGACAGGUGCAUGGACAUUCUGGAGCUCUCCGAACAGGAGCACCUGCUUGAGUUCCAUGAACACACCCUCCGUCUUUACUCUGCCCUCUGUGCCCAUGGGAACACACCUGUAAGCCAUGCCCUGUGCAGCCAUGUGGAUCAAUCACAGCUCCUUUUUGCCUUGCGGUGUCCUAGAAUGCCUGGACCCCUGCGAGCGGGCUUCUAUGCACUUUUAACCAAUGUCCACCUCAGUGCCCACACCAGCGCCAGAAAGUCGACCGCCUAUGAGUACAUUGUGCCCAUGACCGACGUUACACGCACCAUUACACUCUUCGAAAGCAAUGAGAAACGUCACAGCCUCCCAGGGAGUGACAUCAGCACCUCGCUGCGACCCAGAGCAUGCUUUGCCUUACCUUGUUUCAUUAACGUUAACAACACCAUCCAGGGUGGUUUUUGCCAGGACAGUCCUGAGUUCCCAUUGGAUGUCCUGAAGGCUGUUACCACAGUGAUGCUGGAGGAGGCGGUGUACACAGUGGGGCAGUGUGUGAGAGACCCUGUGGGAGGCAGUGUAGAGCUACUGCUGGUUCCUCUCCUCCAGCUGCUCUACACACUGCUUCUCAUGGGCGUGUUUCAGGGCUCAGACCUGCGGCGUGUGCUUUUCCUCAUCUUGCCUUCUGCCUAUAUGAGAGAAAACUUUAUAGGAAGACUGGGGGCUGGAGAUGGAGAGGUUAAUGGAAAGACAGAAGACGAGGGCCAUGAGAGAAGGACCAGUGUUCCUCUACUGGAGUUACAAAUGAAGCUUCCAGAAGCAGUUAAACUAGAGCUGUGCCACCUGCUGCAGUACCUGUGCGACUGUCAGAUACGUCACAGGGUUGAGGCUGUGGUGGCAUUCUCCGAUGACCUUGUGGGUCAUCUCCAGGACAAUCAACACUUCCGAUACAAUGAGGUCAUGGAGGCCCUCAACAUGUCAGCUGCUCUCACCGCCCGCAAGACCAAGGAAUUCCGUUCUCCUCCUCAAGAACAGAUGAACACGUUGCUAAAUUUCCAAGAGGAGCACCAGGAAUGUCCGUGUCCUGAGGAAAUCCAAGAUCUCCUCUGGGACUUCCAUCUAGACCUGAGGAGCCAUUGUGGAGUUGAAAUGGAUGAAGACUUCGUUACUAAAGAUGAGCAGGAUCGAUUAAAAGGUCUGCUGGACAGAAUGGUCCGUCUAAAGAGAAGGAUGUCUGGAGUAGUUGAAGAGGACAUUGUGCCUAAAUCUGUCUCUCUGCAGCAGCUUAUCUCUGACACCAUGCUGCGCUGGGCUCAGGAAGGGCCGUUAGAUCAUCCAGGCCUGGUUCAGGCUGCUUUUGGCCUGCUCCAGUGGCAGUAUGCUGGACUGUCUGGCCAGAUGUCUGCCCCUCUUCGUAAAGCUUACUGCAUCAGCCAGAGCUCGGUGGAAGACACACUGGGUCUGCAGGAGGCGCUGGGACGCAUCCGCUCACUGCUCAGGACCAGAAUGGGCAGAGAGGAAGAGGAACUCAUGAUUGGAGGACUUGGUGACAUCAUGAAAAAUAAAGUGUUCUACCAGCACCCGAACUUGAUGAGAGCACUGGGAAUGCAUGAGACGGUCAUGGAGGUGAUGGUCAAUGUUCUUGGUGCUAGAGAGUCCAAGGAAAUCAUGUUUCCAAAGAUGGUGGCCCACUGCUGCCGCUUCCUGUGCUAUUUCUGUCGAAUCAGCCGACAUAACCAGAAGGCCAUGUUUGAUCACCUCAGCUACCUCCUGGACCACAGCAGUGUUGGACUUGCAUCUCCCUCCAUGCGAGGCUGUACUCCCCUGGACGUAGCUGCAGCCUCUGUGAUGGACAACUAUGAGCUGGCACUGGCCCUUACAGAAUCAGACCUGGAGAAGGUGGUGCAGUAUUUGGCAGGCUGUGGUUUGCAUAGUUGUUCUCUGCUGGUCUCUAAAGGAUACCCUGACAUCGGCUGGAAUCCCGUCGAGGGAGAGAGAUACCUGGACUUCCUGCGCUUUGCUGUUUUCUGUAACGGUGAAAGUGUAGAGGAGAAUGCUUAUGUGGUGGUGAGGCUCCUGAUUCGUAGGCCUGAGUGCUUUGGACCCGCCCUGCGAGGGGAGGGGGGAGACGGUCUCUUAGCAACCAUAGAUGAAGCCAUCAAGAUCUCCGAAGACCAGAGCAGAGAUGGUUCUUCCAAAGCAUACCAGUCUAGUAGCACACUUGAUACUAUUGAUGAUGAGGAUGAUGACUUCAUCCACAUGGGGCACGCUAUAAUGACCUUCUACUCUGCUCUCAUAGACCUGCUGGGCCGCUGUGCCCCAGAAAUGCAUUUGAUAGAUGCUGGUAAGGGUGAGGCUGUUCGUAUCAGAGAGAUCCUAAGGUCUCUGAUCCCCAUGAAGGACCUUGAGGGGGUCAUCAGCAUCCCUUUCUCUCUCCCAUUUCUGGACACAGAGGGUUCAAUUAUGGAGCCGGACAUGUCCAGGCUUUUCUGUCCAGAUCAUAAGGCAGCCAUGGUGCUGUUUCUGGACCGGGUCUACGGAGUCCAGGACCAGGAGUUCCUGCUUCGUUUACUCAAGAGAGGCUUCCUCCCUGACCUGCAAGCCGCUGUUACUAUGGAUACUACUGGUCUGGGGGGUACAGACAUGGCCCUAGCCCUGAACCGUUACGUGUGUGUGGCUGUACUCCCGUUGCUGAGUAAAUACUCCUCCUUGCUUUGUGACCCAUCUCCUGUCCAGCUGGCUACAGUGGACGCUCUCCUACAGGCACUCUAUAGCUUCUCCAAGACCUGCAGCCUUACCAAGGCCCAGAGGGACUCCAUCCAGGAUUGCUUGCUGUCUGUGUGCGGCAAACUGAAGCCCUCCCUGUUACAACCUCUACUGCGGAAUCUUGUGCUUGAUGUACCCCAGCUGACAGAGAACACCAAGAUGCCACUUAAGCUACUGACCGAUCAUUAUGAGCAGAGCUGGAAGUAUUACUGUAUGACCGGUGUUCAGGGCAGCUUUGGCUCUGCCUCGGAUGUGGAGCUACGGCUUAGCAGAAAUCUCUUUUGGGGUGUAUUUCGAGCUCUAACCAAAAAGUCUUACGAAGCAGAGCUGUUCAAGCUGACUUUAGGCUGCCUCAGUGCUGUGGCCAGGGCCAUUCCUCCUGACCACGCUGACCCCAGGUGUAGUGGUGGGCUGGAGAGAAACUCCUCACUGGACUCAGAGGGGCGUUUCUGCCCUCAGCCUCUGGACACUGCCAAUGUGACCGUGCCUGAGGCAUUGGAGUAUGUGGUGAAUAAGUAUGCAGAACACACUCAUGAGAAAUGGUCACUGGAGAAGUUUGCUAAUGGUUGGGUCCACGGAGAGCAGAUGUGUGAAAGCUCUAAAGUCCACCCACUCCUGAAGCCCUACAGAGCCUUAUCUGAGAGAGAUAAAGAAAGCUACCGAGGAGUCAUCAAAGAGACUGUGAAAAGCAUGCUGGUCUUGGGCUGGAACAUCGAGAGGACAAAGGAAGGGGAGGCGAGGGGCCUUCAUAACCCAGCUAGGAGGAUCUCACAGUCGGGGCAGCUCUCAUUUGAGGGAACCUCCAUGUUCAGCCCCAAACCUGUAGACACCAGCUGCAUCACAUUGACCUGGGACCAGUAUGCCAUGGCAGAGCAGCUAGCAGAGAACUAUCACAACAUCUGGGCCAAGAGGAAGAAGCAGGAGCUGCAGGCUAAAGGAGGGGGCAGCCACCCACUUCUGGUGCCCUAUGAGUCUCUGAGUGCCAGAGAAAAGAAUAGAGUCCGAGAGCGAGCUCAGGAUGUGCUGAAGUUCUUCCAUAUCAAUGGAUACACUGUGUGGAGGGAACGGGCGCCUGCAGACGCGGAUUCUCCUGCCGUCGCCGGCCGCUUUGCCUACUGUCUGCUCCAGCGGGCUGUUUCCUUCACUGAGCAGGCGCAGGACCAAAUGCUGGAGCUGGAGGUUGUGCAGGCUCGAGGGCAAAUGGGAAAGACAGAUAAGGUGCCUCAUGAACAACAGAUCUAUUUUUUCAUCAAGGUGAUUCUGCCUCUAGUGGAUCAGUAUUUUAAGAAUCAUCACCUCUACUUUCUGUCCAGAUCACUGUGUCCCCUCAGCAACAGUGGUCACGCCUCUAGUAAAGAGAAAGAGAUGGUUACAAGUUUGUUCUGUAAACUGGGAGCACUGGCCAGAUGCAGGAUUUCUCUCUUUGGUAAGGAUGCUCAGUCUGUGGUGAGCUGCCUGCAGAUUCUUGCACAGUCUCUCGAUACCAGGGCUGUGAUGAAGACGGUGGAGUGUGUGCGGUCAGCCCUGUGCUCAUUCUUUGAGGAUGCAGCAAUGGAUCUGGAGCUGGCUGUGGAGAAUGUAAACGCAGGACCGAUUGGUCAAAGCAGGGCCCAAGCCAGAGGAGAUGGAGAACUGAUGACCUACACCACAACUGCACUCAUUCCAGUACUGACCACUCUGUUCCAGCAUAUAGAGCACUGCCACAGCUCUGAGGACCUGAUCGUGGAUGAAGUGGAGGCCUGCUGUUACCGCAUCCUUUGCAGUCUGUACACUCUUGGCACUUGUAAUAACACUCUUAUGGAAAGACAGAGGCCUUUAUUAGGGGCGUGCCUUGCUGCCUUAUCAGCUGCUUUUCCUGUAUGUUUCCUGGAGCUGUCACUUAACCACAUGAGCAAUGAAGAGAAAGAAGGUGUGAGCACUACAACUGAGGGGGUGUGCACAGUCCUUCCUUCCCUGCAAGAAGCUUUCUCAGAAGUCGAGGAUCUUGCAGAGGCUGGGUCUUCUGCCCGCCAUGCCCUUCUGUCCAGGGUCAUGGAGGUCAUUCUCCCAAUGCUGUGCAGCUACGUGUUCCGGUGGGGUGAAGCAACCGACCCAGAAGCUCAGGAGCUUCAAGACAGGCCAUGCUCCUGUCUCACAACACGGGAUACCAACACCCUCUUGGGACAAAGCCUCUCUAUCAUCCAUGCCCAGCUUGGUACACCUGACUGCAGCUGGAUGAAACAAAUUGCAAUUUUUGUUCAGCCACUUGUUCAUAAGGCGGAGCCUCGCCUCCUGAAGAGUCACUUCCUGCCUUUGAUGGAAAAACUAAAGAAGAGAGCAGAGUCGGUGCUGCAAGAAGAGGAGCGGAUGAAGACGGAGGGGUGUGGCAAUUUGGCAGAGGCGGAGCUUGCUAUCCAAGGGAAAUUUACAGUGGUGGUGCAAGAUCUGUAUGCUUUUUACCCCCUUCUCAUCCCAUUUGUAGACCAUCAUAGAAUGAGGUGGCUGAGAGAAAUGAAUGAAGACUCUGAGAGGCUCUUCUUCCUGGUAGCAGAUGUUUUCAUUUUCUGGGCUAAAUCUCACAACUUCAAGUGGGAGGAGCAGAACUUUGUGGUUCAGAAUGACAUCAACAGCAUUACAUUUCUGGGUGGAGUGUGUGAAGGUGAGAGGAGGAAGAUGAAGAGGGGCAAGGACGAGCGGUACUCCACGCACACCUCACUGAUCGUGGCCGCCCUGAAGAAGCUCCUCUCCAUUGGGCUGAACCAGUGUUGCCAUGGUGAUCGGGGCCUGAUUGCUGUGGCCAAGGGCCGUUUCUCUGAGAAAGACACAGAGGAUGAGGUCCGAGCAUGCAUUCGCAGCAACCUGAAAGAGGACAUUUCUGAUGGGUCGAUGGAAUCCUUGCGUGUUAAGAGGGUCCUGACCAUAGCUCGUGUCCUUUUCCAUCUGGAUCAGGUUGAGCAUCCUCAGAAGAGUAAGCGAGCAGUGUGGCAGAAGCUGCUAUCCAAGCAGAGGAAGCGGGCAGUGGUGGCCUGUCUCAGGAUGACCCCUCUCUACAACCUGCCCAGGCACAGAGCCGUGGAUUUGUUUCUGCAAAGCUACAGAAAGAUCUGGGUGGAGGCAGAGGAGAGCUUAUACGAGAACAAGCUGAUUGAAGAUUUAGCAAAAGCAACAGAUGGAGAGAGUUUUGAGAAGGAGAGCAGAGAGGGAACAAAGGAGAACAAAAAGACUGACCCGCUUCAUCAACUCAUCACUUUCUUCCGUCAAAGUGCCCUAAGUGCGAGGAGCAAACCAGAAGAGGAUGCUCUGUACCUGGGCUAUGCUGACAUCAUGGCCAAGAGCUGUCAGACUGAUGACGAUGAUAGUAAUGAUAAAGAAGUGAAAUCCUUUGAGGAGAAAGAGCUGGAGAAGCAGAGGCUUUUGUAUCAGCAGGCCAGAUUACAUGAUCGUGGAGCAGCAGAGAUGGUCCUACAGAGACUCAGUGACAGCAGAGGUACUAUGGGGCCAGUGGCGGCGUCCACUCUUCAGCUUGGUAUAGCCAUCCUGAAUGGAGGAAAUACUGCUGUACAGCAGAAAAUGCUGGACUACCUGAGAGAGAAAAGGGAUGUGGGAUUCUUUCACAGCCUGGCUGGUCUCAUGCAGUCCUGCAGUGUGUUGGAUCUGAACGCUUUCGAGAGGCAGAUCAAAGCGGAGGCUUUAGCAGUGGCAGAUGAAGACAACACAGGUGAUAAGGUUAUGGCAGAUGGGCAAUUGACCUGUGACCUCUUCCGGUUUCUUCAGCUGCUUUGUGAAGGACAUAAUGCAGAUUUGCAGAAUUAUUUGAGGACUCAGACAGGAAACAACACCACAGUCAAUAUCAUCAUCUCCACUGUGGACUACCUGCUCAGAGUGCAGGAAUCCAUCAGUGACUUCUACUGGUAUUACUCUGGGAAAGAUGUGAUCGAUGACCAUGGCCAACGCAACUUCUCCAAGGCCAUCCGGGUGGCCAAGCAAGUCUUCAACACACUCACUGAAUAUAUUCAGGGUCCAUGCACUGGGAACCAGCAGAGUCUGGCCCAUAGUCGCCUGUGGGAUGCUGUGGUGGGCUUCCUGCAUGUCUUUGCCCAUAUGCAGAUGAAACUAUCUCAGGAUUCCAGUCAGAUUGAGCUGCUGAAGGAACUGAUGGAUCUGCUUAAAGACAUGGUUGUGAUGCUGCUGUCUUUGCUAGAAGGAAAUGUGGUAAACGGGACAAUUGGCAAGCAGAUGGUAGACAUGCUGGUGGAAUCAUCCAGCAACGUUGAGAUGAUCCUCAAGUUUUUCGAUAUGUUCCUGAAGCUCAAAGACCUCGUGUCUUCCGACUCCUUCAAAGAAUAUGAUCCAGAUGGGCAUGGGCUCAUCUCCAAAAAGGACUUUCAGAGGGCCAUGGAGGGCUACAAGCGCUACACACUAUCUGAGAUAGAGUUUCUCCUGUCAUGUGUGGAGAUGAACGAAAACAAGCUCUUGGAUUACCAGGCCUUCGUGAGUCGCUUUCACGAGCCAGCCAAAGACAUCGGCUUCAACGUGGCGGUUCUCCUGACCAACCUCUCCGAGCACAUGCCUCAUGACACUCGGCUGCAGAACUUUCUGGAGGUGGCUGAGAGUGUGCUGAGGUACUUCCAGCCUCACCUGGGCAGGAUCGAGAUAAUGGGCAGUGGGAAGCGUAUCGAGAGGGUUUACUUUGAGAUUAGCGAGUCAAGCCGCAUGCAGUGGGAGAAACCACAGGUGAAGGAGAGCAAGCGCCAGUUCAUCUUUGACAUGGUGAAUGAGGGAGGAGAGAAAGAAAAGAUGGAGCUGUUCGUUAACUUCUGUGAGGACACCAUCUUUGAGAUGCAGCUGGCCGCUCAGAUCUCUGGCUUUGACCAUGGGGAGGAGGCCAAGGGGAUAGAAAAGAAUGGAAUGGCGGAAAGAAAAGAGAAGGAUAGAAAUGUCUGUGACGAAAAAGGCGACGCUGAAAAGCCAAGAGGCCUUUUCUCAUCUUUCUCUUCAAAGAUGAAAUACAUCCUCCUGGCCCCUCUAUAUGGCUUGAUGAUGAUCCUUUCUCUUCUCUCAAUAAAGAACUUGAGGAAACAGAUGAAGAAGACGACCUUGAGGGGCUUAUUUUUGGCCAUCUAUUUCUUUUUCCAGAAAGUUCUUAAAGGAAUUGGUCGUAUAAUUUUAGGCAUCAUUUGCUUCUUCCUCAAUCUCCUCUACCUCGUCUUUCUCAGCGGAUGGAUUAUUGAAGUUGCCAAAGAGGCAAAGUUCUCUGAAGUCUUUGGCUGUUUACAGGACCCCACCCUGGAUGAGGUCACAGGGCUCAACGAGGGCGUCACUGAGGUGCUGGGUCAGACACACACCCUCUCGUCUCAGGACGUUUUGAGGGCGGUGGGCCUCAAUUUGUCAGCUGUGUCCAGAAACCCUCAACUGCUUACUGAUAUAUUCGGCCUCCAGCUGAGAAAGGAAGGAGGGCAGUAUACGUUGCUGACCAGAGAGUCAAACGAAAGCCUAAGCGACCUGGUCAAUCCCUCCAAAUUCCAGCAGGUCGUGGUGUCUGAGGAAGAUUUGGAAGAGCAGGAGAAGCAAUCCGAGACCGAAAAGGCUGAAAGAGAGGAAGACGAGAAGAAGGAUAAGAGGAAGGAGCAGACACCCAGAAGAAGAAUCCGGAAAGCCAGCUCGCACAAGGCAGUGGAGCCAGAUGUUCAGGAAUCAGCUGCUUGGAGAAGGAUCUGCUCUCAGAACAUGAAACUGCUUAAUUAUUUUGCCAGGAAUUUCUACAACAUGCGAGUGCUAGCACUGUGUGUGGCUUUCACCAUCAAUUUCAUCCUUCUUUUCUACAAGGUGUCCUCCAGCGAAGCUGAUGGUGGAACAGAGGAAUAUGUGACUGAUCUCUGGGAACAGAAUGGAGGGGCUGUGUGUUUUGUCCUGGGGGAAAGUGGUUACAUGGAGCCUGUUCUCCGCUGUCUAGCUGUCUUACACACUCUCAUUGCUUUCUGUUCUAUCAUUGGCUACUACUGUCUGAAGGUUCCGUUGGUGAUCUUUAAGCGGGAGAAGGAACUGGCGCGUAAGAUGGAGUUCGAUGGUCUCUAUGUGACAAAGCAGCCUUCUGAAGACGAUAUCAAAGGCCAGUGGGACAGACUGGUCAUUAACACUCCAUCUUAUCCGAGUAAUUACUGGGAUAAAUUUGUGAAGAGGAAGGUGAUGGCUAAGUACGGUGAAUUGUACGGCUCCUCCCGGAUUAGUGAGCUGCUGGGUUUGGAUAAAACGGCGCUGGACUUCAGCUCUGAGGCACAGGACAGGAGGAGACCAGCCCGUGAUAGUCUCAUCAAUGCCCUAUUGAGUACUAUUGAUAUGAAAUACCAAGUAUGGAAACUAGGAGUGGUGUUCACCAACAAUUCCUUCUUGUACCUUGCCUGGUACAUGCUGCUGUCAGUCCUAGGUCACUAUAAUAAUUUCUUCUUCGCUGCACAUCUGUUGGACAUUGCCAUGGGCUUCAAAACGCUACGCACCAUCCUGUCAUCUGUCACUCACAAUGGCAAACAGCUGGUGUUGACCGUAGGACUCCUGGCUGUGGUGGUGUAUCUCUACACUGUAGUGGCCUUCAACUUCUUCCGCAAGUUUUACAACAAAAGUGAAGAUGGGGAAUCUGUGGACAUGAAGUGUGAUGACAUGCUGACGUGUUACAUGUUCCACAUGUACGUUGGGGUUCGAGCUGGAGGAGGGAUCGGUGAUGAAAUCGAGGACCCAGCAGGAGACGCGUUCGAGUUCUACCGCGUCAUCUUUGAUAUCACCUUCUUCUUCUUCGUCAUUGUUAUUCUCCUGGCCAUCAUUCAGGGUCUGAUCAUUGAUGCCUUUGGAGAGUUGCGAGACCAACAAGAGCAGGUGAAAGAGGACAUGGAGACCAAGUGCUUUAUCUGUGGCAUUGGGAGUGAAUACUUUGAUGGUGUGCCCCAUGGCUUUGAGUCUCACACUGUACAAGAACACAACCUGGCCAACUAUUUGUUCUUCAUGAUGUACCUCAUCAAUAAAGAUGUGACAGAACACACAGGACAGGAGUCGUACGUAUGGAAGAUGUACCAGGAGCGCUGCUGGGAAUUUUUUCCCGUCGGAGAUUGCUUCCGUAAACAGUAUGAAGAGCAGCUCAGUAAGGAGAUUCCCUAAAUAUUCUGACGUGAAGAACUAUCCAUAUAGAUUUGUUGAGGAGUGGCCAUCGGACAUUGUAUAAUACUUUAAUUCUCACACUGUGCAGAUGGAAAAGCUGUUCUCUGUAUUCAAAAAGAAUUCCUUGCAUGCUGUAUUUCUCCACCUUGGCCAUUGUUUUAUUCUUGAUUCACAAGUGAAUUACAUAGAUGGCUUUUUAAGUUUUUCUUCUUUUUGCUUUUACAUUUUUUUUUCAUGUAUGAACAAAGAAAACCCUUUAAAUGUGGGUGUUUGUCAUUAUAAACACUGCAGAACAUUCAGUGUUUCUCUGUCUCUGCCCAUGCCCCUAGAAUGUCCAUGCUGUCUGUCUGAAUCAGUAAUGAGCUUACCAGUCAAAAUGAGUAAACCAUUGAAACCAACUAAUAGUGUGUAAUACCUCCACAAGCACGAGUAACAGCUGCAAUUCAAUUUGGCUUGGUCUGGACAAGUUUCUGGAUGUUGGCGACAUCAGUAUUCAGCCGCUCUUGCAUCAAAAAAUUGAGCAGUUUGGCCAGAUUUCAUGGAUGCCUUCCCUGGUGUCUCACUCAUUGUUCCAGGUAGUCCCACAUAUUUUCAAGAGCAUUCAAACCUGGGGAUUGUGUGGGCCAGUUCAGUUGUGUGAAUUCUCCUGAAUGUUCAUCAAGUCAGUCACAUUUGCAGCCCUGUGAACAUGAGAAUUGUCAUCUUGGUAUACAGGGAUAGGAAUGUUGCGUACCUCAGUAAUAUGAUAAGCAAAAGGCAAAACCUGGUUGUCCAGGAGCUCAGCGUAGGCACUGUGACCUGUAUCAAAGGAUCCAUUUCUACAUAAUUAAAACACCCCAGAACAUCACAGAGCCUCCAGCUUGAACCACACCUUGGACACAGUAUACAUUGAAGGCUUCCUGAGGUCUACGAUGAAGACGAUGUCAAGCAUCAUUCAAAUACAGGAGGAAACUGUGAGGGAACAUUUUGCUCUACAGUUAAAGGUUCCGAAACUGUGGUUAAGAUAGACUUAAUGUCAAGAUAAGAUUUAGCUCGCUUGGGCAGGAAAUAUUGGUAACUGAGCUGCAUGUCUGGGUAUAAAUAUAUGUUUCAGCAGAUAAUAAACAGAGUAAACUGAGAA